AUGACCAUGAAGUUUUUCUCUACCCUUGUUCUAGUUCAAUUCAUCCCCUCUUACACCCUUGCCGUGACUGUUGGCUAUGGUAGUGGCUACGGCAUUGGCAGCAACUCACUCGCCAACGAUGCUUUCUCCGACGGCAGCAACGGUCUUCUGACCAAAUUAUAUACCACAUACAGCUCCGUUCCCAAUUCCCCAUACAUCGCAUCAUCUGACUCCAUCACAGGAUGGAACAGCUUAUCAUACAAUGGGCGCACGAUUAACGUGCUAGCAAUUGACCAUGCUGCGUUAAAUGAUUUGGCGAACAGACAUGCAAUCGAGUAUGGGUCGGGACAGGCCGCAGCGACCCAAGCCAACACGUCAACUUGCGGCUUGUGA